UCGCGACGCGGCUAUCGACAAAUUUUAAGCAAGCGCAUGUCGUCCACCAACAACCAAUUGGAUAAAGAAGGUCAGCACUCCAGGCUGAUGGUCGAGGCCGGUGGAGAUAAUGCACUCACUGUGACUAAAAAUUCUGGAACAAAAACGCUAAUUUAUUUGAUUAGUGGCAUCAUCAGUGCUGUUUUAUUGCUUUUAGUCCUUCUAUGGGCGUGUUUCUUCGGUGCUUCUACAUCAGAUGAAAACCAUUUCGUUAUUAGUUGUAGCAAUCUUUCCACGGGUAUUCACGAUAUCCAAAUAGACGAAAUUUCUUCAAUAACUGCACGAUGCAAUAAUGAUAUCGCCGGCGGUAAUUGGAUGGUCAUUUUAAAUCGUUUUGAUGGCAGUGAAAAUUUUACCAGAAACUGGAAUGAAUUUCGCAUGGGUUUCGGUAAUUUAAACGGAGAGUUUUUCAUUGGUCUCGAUCAUCUGCAUCGCAUUACCAAGUCUCAGCCGGUUGAGCUUUACGUGACGUUUAAAUAUUUCGAUGGUAUAAAUGGCGCAGUACGCUAUGACAAUUUUAAAAUAGGAGACGAUAAGAAAAGUUACACACUCGAAUCAUUGGGACGCUUUUCAGGCACUGGCAGUGAUGACCUUAUGACGGAAUACAAUUUAAAUCAAAAAUUUACGACCUACGAUCAAGACAACGAUGAGGAUGUUAAAAAUUGUGCUGAAGCAUACAAGGGGGCAUGGUGGUUUAAGUCAUGCAAAGGGCCAAAUCCACUUGCUCUUUAUUCCAAAAAUGAAAGAUCUAGUGAGUUAUCUAGCAUGAGCUGGAAUGGAUGGACUCCUAUUAAAACAAUUCAAAUGCUAAUUCGUCCAAAACCACAACAACUUAAUCAUAUUUAGAUAAAGGAUUAUCUUAUACAAAAAACCAAAACCUACCUCUAACCAAACGACCGCAAAUUUUUAUAGAAUUUGCAGUUAACAGAAACGGAAAUAACUCUUUUGCACCAUUAUCUCAAUACCCUAGCCUGAUCAACGAAUGAUCUUGACACAAAAAUUUAAUUCUUUGAAGUGACUGUUAAAAUUACUUUUGAUCAAGAAUACUCGUUUGUUAAUAAUACUUAUAAUCAGCUGCAGUUGCCUGACACACGCAUAUGAGUGAUAAGACUCUCUUUCGGCAAGGGUAUAAGAUAAAAAGUAACAAAACAAUUUGCAAUGAAUCACCUAUUGCCUGUGAUUCUUUUUUGGGCUAAAAGCCACAAAAUCGUUGAAAAUUUAAAUUGUAUUUAUAAUAAUAAUAAUCUCCUACUAAAAAAAAUCAAAUGAUACACUUCUAUAAAGUUAUAAACUUAUAUUUUUAAAUAAA